GAAGAGAGAGAGAGAGAGAGAGAGAGGUAGAGUAGUUGAAAAGAGCCAGCGAGCCAGCCUCAAAUCCUCCGACCACCUGAUUCCUCCAUAAAAAUGACUACAUCAAGGCGUCUUGCUGAGAGGAAGGUGGUGAGGUUUGACAAGAAUAUCACCAAAAGAGGAACGGUUCCUGAAACGACUGCAAAGAAGGGAAACAACUAUCCUGUGGGCCCUAUUCUACUCGGUUUCUUUGUAUUUGUCGUCAUUGGAUCAUCUCUGUUCCAGAUAAUCAGGACAGCUACAAGUGGUGGCAUGGCUUAAGCAAAUCGGACAAUACUGUAGCAAAUGGCUACUACUUGUGAUGUCUACCCUUUUGUUAUAGAUUUGGAGAAGAUGAGCUUUUUGUUUAUGAGACUAGCAUUUUUUGAUCAUCCUUAGGAAGUCUGAAAAUUAAUAAAGAUUCACCUUCUUAUC